AAAUCUUCUAGUAGAUCGUGAUGCAUGUCUGUCAUAGUAAAUCUGCAAAUUGUGGAAAGCUGGCUCUAGUCACUGAUUUAUUUCAAUUUAAUAUAUCAAAAUACCAGCUUCCAGGGUUCUCUAAAGAACGUACGUUCUGGGUUGCUGUUAUGAGGACUCCAGUCCGAAGAGGAGAAGGUAUCCAAACCGCUGAUGCUCCGCACUUAUGUUCGUUAUAACUUGACCAGGAGAAGAUUACAAGAUACCGCCACUGUGAUCUUGAACAAUCGGAAGGCCGGAGGGAAAAUGUCGCCACCUUCGAAUGCGAGUGCUCCAAAAGUUCAUGAGGUCGCAGUGAAAGGCUUCGAUUCGGAGCCAGUUGCGUAUGAGAGCUCCAGGCCGUCUUACCCUGAAGAUGCAGUCGACUGUCUGGAGGAACACCUCGGCCUUCGUUCUGGCGAAUCGGCUGUCCUUGAUUUAGGAGCAGGCUCGGGCAAGUUCACCAGGCUUCUCGCAUCGAAGAAUUACCACCUCACGGCCGUGGAACCAUCGCCUUCCAUGCGAGCAACUUUCGCUGACAUUCUGCCCAAUGUCCCCAUUCUGGACGGGACAGCGUUCGCGAUUCCCUUAGAGUCCGCCUCCCAAGACGCUGUGAUCGUCGCUCAGGCUUUCCACUGGUUCGCUCAGAUUGAGACCCUGCGUGAAAUCCAUAGAGUGCUCAAGCCUGGUGGUAGGCUAGGGCUUGUAUGGAACUUGGAGGAUCGGGCAGCGAAGAAAUGGGUGGCCAGUUUGAGGGACGUCUAUGAGAUGUACGAGAUGGGCACUCCUCAGUAUCGACUGGGUCUGUGGAAGAAGGUUUGGCAGACGGCAGAGGCAGAGGAACUAUUUUCUAAGCUGGAAGACGCUCACUUCGAGCACGAGACGCUCUGCACUGAAGAUUUGGUUUGGGGAAGGGUGUGCAGUAAAAGCUAUGUCGCCUGCCAAUCCGAUGAAGUCAAAGCCCGAUUGCGAGAGCAAGUCUUGGCCAUCCUCAAAUCCGCAGACGAUUUGGAACGGGACCCAAGUGGGCUGAUCAAAUAUCCCUACAAAACGGAUGUCUACUGGUGCACAAAAAAGUCAUGACGAGUCUCAGAACCUGUCAGUGUCGCUGAGAUCUUGUUCGCCCUCCACUUUUAUCUUAUGACAGCAUUUCAUGAGCUCUGGAAGGAAGGAAUCCGGCAGCUGAGAAUUGAGCCACAAUCAUGCCCUGCUUCUGCACGACAUUUGGCGACUUCGAAACACAUACCGGCUGUCGAAUUCUUUCUCUACAGCACAGCACACUUCAUAACAUGAUACACGCACUGCAUGCGAUGUCGAGGUGUGGGACGUCUCCAUGACUGAAAGUGCUGUCAGUUUACGAGCGUAUGCGAUAUUGCGGUUUAGACCUCUGAAGAUUAUGUUUGUUUGGGACCUGAAUGGUGUGGACACAGAAACUCAUUCAUUGAUUUUCCUGUUCUGCUCUGUGGCCUUAGUGCACAAUGGGUGUCUAGUAGGAUUUGUCCAUCCAACAAGAUGGACUUGCACAAGCAAGAUACGCGCACAAUUUGCGCUUCCUGUGAUCCAGCAGCCAUGUGGUUGCGACCGCGGCUUCCUGGGUGUUUCAAUCUCUGUACACAACAACCAUGCUGUGUUGGAGUGAAGUUUAUGUAUAUAGAUCAUUGUCUAUGUCCACAUUGUGUUGGGAGGGAAAAUAUUCGAUGGACGUUGAUUGAGCAAGAAUUUCUAACCAGCAAUAAAACUCUGUAGAAAUUGGC